CAGCCGCAAUUUGUAUAUAAACAUGAUUGUGCUUAUUUCGUUUCUAUACACAUAUCUGAAAGCGAAAUAAAAUAAGAUAACAUGAGGUACGCGAAUGUUGUAGCGGUGGUCCUUUGCCUUGCUAUGUCCGAUGUGGUGAAGAUCAAUGUAGGGGGAGGAACCAGUCAGAUCCAGUUCACGAGUACCAACUACACGUCCACCAUUCCCGAGCACAGUCCACCCUCGACCUCGGUCGUCAAGGUCGCAGUGACAUCUGUUCAGCCGGGGCUCGAGUUCAGUUUUGCCUCUGGAAAUACCAACCAAGCCUUUUCGAUCAACUUGCAGGGAUUGGUUACCGUUAGCAACACAGAAGCGAUAGAUUACGAGGAGAGCCAGCACAUUAGUCUUAUUGUCGCAGCCACUGUCGGGAAUGAGUCCGCGUAUACGACCGUCUGGGUGUCUCUCCAAGACAUCAACGACAACCCGCCCUUGUUCUCACAAAACAAAUACGUGACCGAGUUGUAUGAGAGAGUGCCGAUUAACACUUAUGUUAUGCAGGUUUCUGCAAGUGAUGCUGACAGCAUCGGGCCAAACUCUGACAUCGUCUACCGCAUCAUUGGCGGAAACGAGAAGGGCGUCUUCACCAUAGACCCGCCGAAAAGUGGAAUGAUCAAGACAAACUUGAUCGUAGAUUACGAGGUGCAAGACUCGUACAGACUUGUUAUAGAGGCCAGAGACGAUGGGAAGACACUGUCCCUGUCGAGUACUUGCGUUGUGGAGAUCAACAUUAUUGACAUCAACGACAACCCGCCCUUGCUCUCACAGAACAAAUACGUGAAAAAGUUGUAUGAGGAAGUGCCGAUUAACACUUAUGUUUUGCAGGUUUCUGCAAGUGAUGCUGACAGCAUCGGGCCAAACUCUGACAUCGUUUACCGCAUUAUUGGCGGAAACGAGAAGGGCGUCUUCACCAUAGACCCGUCAAAAAGUGGAAUGAUCAAGACAAUCGCGAUCGUAGAUUACGAGGUGCAGGACUCGUACAUACUUGUUAUAGAGGCUAGAGACAAUGGGACAGUGUCGCUGUCAAGUACUUGCGUUGUGGAGAUCAACAUAAUUGACAUCAACCACAACCCGCCCUUGUUCUCACAGAACAAAUACGUGACCGAGUUGUAUGAGGAAGUGCCGAUGAACACUUAUGUUAUGCAGAUUCUUAAAUUUCUGCACGUUUCUGCAAGCGAUGCUGACAGCAUCGGGCCAAACUCUGAUAUCGUCUACCACAUCAUUGGCGGAAACGAGAAGGGCGUCUUCACCAUAGACCCGCCGAAAAGUGGAAUAAUCAAGACAAACUUGGUCGUAGAUUACGAGGUGCAGGACUCAUACAGACUUGUUAUAGAGCCAACACAGAAUGCGUGCAACAGACCGACUGCCGUGACCCCGCGGAUCGAACCUGCAACCGGAGGUGGCACUGCGUAG